AUGGGCUUGUCAGCUAAACAGAGGCACAUUCGAACUUAUUUGUGUGCCAAAACCGAUCACGUGGACCAAAGCGCCACCAGAGAAAUGUUCACUGAGUAGGUCAUGAUCCCGGAACGUUAUUUUUUCUAAAUAUUUUUCACUCGGACCGCAACAGCACGGACAUCCAUCUGCAACACGUAAACAGACGCGGGAAGCUUGAGCUUGCACAGGUCUCACUUAUCGUAACUGGCAUUAUUAGUCAUGGCGGAUAUUUUAACGCUUGUGUUCAGGACAUUUAUGUCACAGACAGGUCUGAAGAAGGACGUCACAGUCAGUCCUGCAUCAGCAGCACCCUGCAGCACCUUGAUGGUGGGAAACCACCGCGUCAGCCGCUCCGUGCUGCUACUCGCGGCCGUCACCGCUGCCUCAGAGUUGGGGAUUAAAGUGGUGUUCUUUGCCCAAACACAAAUUCAGAGCCUCCCAGUGUCUCUGCAGAAAUGUGUUCCCAGUCUGAGCCCAGAGAGUCUAAAGAAAAUCACAUUUUCCUAUCCCCGAACUCUGGAGGAGCUGCUCCAGCAGGUUGCCAGCCUGCAUGAGUCCCCCAUACCUCCCUCGCUCAUCAUUAUUGACAGACUGGAGGGCUUCCUACAUGGCCGUGGAGGCGGCAGCCAUAGUGGACUUCACUCGGGUGAACAGUCCUCCACUGCACACUUGGCCGCGCUGCUAUGCGACACAGCUGUUUUUCUCACAGAGCUCCUGGAACAACGAGGGUCGAGUUCAGCCCCCUGCCGUAUCAUCGCCUCCUUCCUGUCUGAAGUGGACACUGAUCACAGCAGCAAGGAUUCCUCUUCUACAGAUCCCAUUCUUGAUGUCCUGGAUCGCUACUUCCAGGUCCGCUGUACUCUGGAUCAGAACAGAGGCUAUGAAGCUGCAGCGGCCGCAGCAGAAGAAGUGUGGCACAUUUAUCUGUCUGGGCGAGGAAUCACAGAGGCCUCUUUUGCUGAAAACUGUGAAGACAAGCCAAGUUUAAAUCAAGAGUGGCAGCUCUUCAUUUUUCCUAAUGGUUUAAUGGAGUUUAAGGUAGUUUGAAAAUACUUUAGAGGACUAUCAGAAACAGCCAUGACUCUUCUUACAAUGUAAUGUGAUAAAAACCUUUAAUAUAAGCCACUAGUUAAAGGUGAGCAACAUUUAAUGAGCCUGUCUUUUUUUUACAGAAUGUAAAGAUAUUUUAUAUUAACCAUAUGAAUGAAAGCUUGUAAAUAUUUAAAUUACUUUAUUUUAAUUGAAUAAUAU